GGAAGGACUUGUAGGGUGGGGCUCCCUCAAUUGAAUGCCAGCAACAUUCCUGUGCUAUGAGCGAAUCACCUGGAGACUUGGAAAACAUCAAACCCGGCAUGGUGGGUCCACACAGUCCAUCAAGCAAAAGCCUCUUGAGUCUCCUCGGUGACUCCGAGGACAAGGAAGAGCUGAAAGCAAACGCAGACAAGCUCUGCCUGCAUGCUUCACGCUUCAUGCAGGAGAAAAACUUGGACGCUGCCAGCAAUAUUUACACAAAAAUCUUAAAAGCCGACCAAGAUAACAUCAAAGCAUUGCAUGGCCUUGCGAUUCUGAAUCACAAACGGGGAAUGUUUGAUGUAGCUCGAUGCCUGUAUGUGCGCUCACUCGCGAUUCAACCGAAUAUGUACAGAACACUUUACAACCUCGCGAGGUUAGAACACGAGUGCAACGCCUAUGAGGCAGCAGCCAAGUAUUAUGGAAAGGCGCUGGAACUUGGAUGCGAUCGGGAGAUAAGGUGCAAUUCACUGGCGUAUCUGGGGCUGCUGCAUCAAAGUGUGUGGGAAGAUCUUGCCAGGGCGAAGGAGCUCUAUCAACAAUCUCUAGCCCUUGAUGCGCAGCAUGUCCGAACUUUGGAUCAUUUCUCUGCUCUACUCGUUCUGCAAGGUUGUCCAGAGGAAGCGAAAGAACAGCACAACCUCGUAAUGCAACUACAACCCAACCACGGGGAGUCAUGGUGUGCCUAUGCCAACAGCCUCUUCAGUGGAGAGCUGAUGUUCAGUACAUCUCCAUCGCUUCCGAAGGCUGAGAAAGGUUUCGGCAAGAGGACCUGGUUUCAGAAGCUGCGGCAGAGAUGGAAGAGGAGCAAUACGGAUGAGGAACCUGUCCAAUACCGACAAUCCGCUGAGUUCAACGGCUUCCCGAGCAAGCGCGAGGAAGACAGCGAACAUCUCGGAAUGGAUCGCAGCAUGCACGGACUUUAGCUUUGACAGAGCUAGUUAGCUUUGACAGAGAAAAAAUGUAAAAUAAUAAAACAAAGAAUCGAG